AUGUUAUAUUAUAAACCUAAACAUCUAAAAUCGGUUGUUCCUUCGAUCUUCACAACGGAACCUCCGAGUGCAGCUGAUUCCCUUAUUUUAGAUUCUCGCAUACUGAGUGAAGAAAAGCUCAAUCUGAAUAGUAAGUUUGCAUUGCUUGAUCAAUUCAGCCAUCGAGCCUUUGAUAUCAAAGAAUAUAAUCUGACUCAAAGAGAAUUGCCAAGCAGAAAGAAACACUUCAUUUAGAAUAACAAAUUGGAUGUUUGGGGUGAAACAACCUUGACUCUCUAUAGAAAUCAAUUCCUAUAUACCUCCCUAGAUAUCCAUGAAAAAUAUUCACCUGUAGUCUUAUUCAUUUACGUAAAAAAAGGUGAUCCCAACACUAAAAUGCGAUUGUUUUGUUCUGUCAAAUUCUAAUAACCCAAUCGUUUCAAUGCAGAAAUCGAAACUUACGGUCGAGUGCUCAAAUAUCACUCUAAAGAAGGCGCAACUUUUUAUGAUCCUACACUUUACGUUGCCAUAUUGGCACAUAAUGAUGUGGUGAUUACUAUCAAAAAUGAAUUUGCCAAGCCUCCAAUUCCUAGGAAAAUACCUUAAAUUAAAAAAAAAGAUGAAUUCUGUUCAGAUAUAGAAGAACUAGCUGAUUUAAUCAUCCGAAAACGUAAGCUCAGAUAGAAAUCCUUAAAUUUCAUUAAUCUUAAUAGAUCACUACCCAGAAAAUAAAGAAUUGAAUCUCCCUGUAACACAGAGAGAUUAAAGGAAAUUAAAUUUAAAUAGACAAUAAUAUAAAAGGAGCAAAGCUUAAAACGAAUUGCUUAGAUAGCUUUGCAUGAUGUUGCCAAAGAAAUCAAGUAGAAAUAGAUGAACAUACAACUAAAGUAAUCUGUUAUACUGAUAAAUGUAGAUAGAUGCAUAAAGAAUGGGUAUGUAAGAAAUGGAUUUAGAUUGUCAUCUUAGUCAAUUACAUUGUACCAUCCAUCAGCAAUUACGUUAAAGUACAAAAACGCAUAUCUGAAAAAAAUAUGAGGAAACAAAUAUUGACUAUGCAAUUCAUCAACAAAAUUAAAAAUAACAUUUAACAUUAAGGACCCAAAAUUAAAUUAAGAACUUUGCUGCUUUGUUAAAUGAGUAUGUAGAUCUGCAUCCAUGGUCAGAAGGAUAAAGUUAAGCAGAAGAGUAACAAUAUCGUCAUCGAAAUCCUCAGAUAAAACAUCAGAAGCUACUAUACAGUCACAAAAGGCCUACACACUGUUAAUCUAAGUAAGUGAUCAUUUGGAUUUAGUUAAAAAAUGUAUCAACAUGCUUGUUCGACACAAGAACAAAAGGUUGGAAUUCAUGGCUUCGAUGAAGAUUGCCAUAUCCCAUCAAUGCAAACAAAUCUAUGGCGACAUCUUGAAGAUGAAAUAGCAAUCAAUCUCGCAACUGCCCCUUUAACAAUAGUAGCAGCAGGAAAAGAAUAAGAACAAGAGGGAUCCCCUUCAUUACUUAAUUCAUGAUUAGUAUAGAAUUUAUUAAUAUCAUUUUAAUAGAUAAUUUAUAAUGUUUAUAUAUAAGAAAUUAUUUACGAAUGUGUUACAGAAAUGGAAUUAAGAUUUUGAUGCUUUUCGAAAGGUCUAUCAUGAAAGUCAGAAGAAAGGAUUGGCUUUGUUGUUGA